UGCGUCUCCCUUGCUUGGGGCUGACUUAGGUGUGGCCAGCAUUGGUGGCAAUGGUAGAGGCAGCAGCACCAGCAGCAGGCCGAGGCAUGAGGGACUCAGCCGGCCAGCCAGUGGAGCCGAGGGCUGGGGACUCACGGAGCCGGAUCUGUGCGGAGCGCAAGGAUGGGGGGCAGCCCUGGAAGAAAUUUGUAUAUGUGGAACCUCCUCGGAGAGUUAAAGAAGUGCUCGAAGAAGAGCUUUGUUUCCGGAGAGAUGAGUGCAGAAUCAAGCACCCUUCAGAAGUGGCUCUGGAAGGAAUCUGGAGCUUGAAAAGGAAUUUCCCCGUGGGUGGCUUCAAGCUGGCAUCACAGACACCAAGCCACGUGCUUCCCCAACCGAAGUACUACUCCAGGCAUACGGUGAUAACAAGACAGCCCAUCUGAAAAGCGGCAUCUCCCCUAAUGGAAGGCGCAAGAACAAAUCAAAAUUGCCAUUGUUAUAUAUUUUUUUUGUCUGCAUGAAAAGCACCGUACUUUAGAACUUGUAUAAUAGCUUGUAAAAUAAACCGUAAAGCUCUGCCUCA